AUGCUGCGCAAGCUGCUGCGAGACUUCCGCGUGGUGCACGUGCACGGCAACAAUUUUAACGCAGCGAGCGCAUUUGGCCCAUUUCGCGUGCCCGCUGUGGUCGAAGUAACGUUGGUGCGGAAGGAUCUCAGCCGCCGCGUGCCUUGCGCCAAUCCGAUGCGAAUACGAGCGCUUGACGAGCCCAAUGCAAAAAUUUUUCUGAACGUGAGCGAGACGUAG